ACUCUACAGCGGUGGGUAAUUCACUGGUCCAUAAGCGGUCUCCUUUACGUCGAAGCCAUAAGAGCUCAGCAUCUCUGACCAAGCUGUCAUUACGUGAUGGACACAAAGCCAAAAAGCCACUGUGUAAAUUUGAAGAAGGUCAGGAUGUCCUAGCUAGAUGGUCAGAUGGCUUGUUUUAUCUUGGAACUAUCAAAAAGAUAAACAAACUGAAACAGAACUGCUUCAUUAUAUUUGAAGACAGUUCCAAAUCCUGGGUUCUCUGGAAGGACAUACAAACAGGAGCCACUGAGAGUGGGGAAAUGGUCUGUACAAUAUGUCAGGAAGAGUAUUCAGAAGCACCGAAUGAAAUGGUUAUAUGUGAUAAAUGUGGGCAAGGGUAUCAUCAGCUGUGUCACACACCAAAUAUUGAUUCCAGCGUGAUUGAUUCAGAUGAUAAAUGGCUCUGUCGACAGUGUGUUUUUGCAACAACAACAAAGAGGGGUGGUGCUCUUAAGAAAGGACCAAAUGCCAAAGCACUGCAAGUCAUGAAACAAACGUUACCGUAUAAUGCAACAGAGCUUGAAUGGGAUGCAGGUCAUAAAACCAAUGUCCAGCAGUGUUACUGCUAUUGUGGAGGACCUGGAGACUGGUAUCUAAAGAUGUUGCAGUGCUGCAAAUGUAAGCAGUGGUUUCAUGAGGCUUGUGUGCAGUGCCUCCAAAAGCCAAUGCUUUUUGGUGACAGGUUUUAUACGUUCAUUUGCUCAGUUUGCAGUUCUGGACCAGAAUACCUCAAACGUUUACCCUUGAGAUGGGUAGAUAUAGCACAUCUAUGCCUUUACAACCUAAGUGUUAUUCAUAAGAAGAAAUACUUUGAUUCGGAGCUUGAACUCAUGGCCUAUAUUAAUGAAAACUGGGAUAGAUUGCAUCCUGGUGAGCUGGCAGAUACACCAAAAUCUGAAAGAUAUGAGCAUGUACUGGAGGCAUUAAAUGAUUACAAGACCAUGUUUAUGUCUGGAAAAGAAAUAAAGAAAAAGAAGCAUUUGUUUGGCUUGAGAAUUCGUGUUCCUCCUGUGCCACCAAAUGCUGCUUUAAAGGCUGAGAAAGAACCAGAAGGAACUUCUCAUGAGUUCAAAAUCAAAGGCAGAAAAUCAUCUAAACCGAUCCCUGAUGUGAGGGAAUUAAGUAAUGGUAUAGAAAGAAAGGGGAAAAAAAAAUCUGUAGGUCGUCCACCUGGUCCCUAUACAAGAAAAAUGAUUCACAAAACUCCAGAGUCGUCUCCUCUGGAUAAUGAACCAGUUCCAGUGAUAGAGAACCCAGCCUUGGAAUUACCCUGCACUGUUGGGAAAUCUGAUGGAACUGCACAUUCAUCCAAUACCUCAGAUGUGGAAUCCACAGGUGCUGCCAGUAUGAAAGAAACUACCUCAUCUAGCAUUUCCAGACAUUAUAGUUUAUCUGACUCGAGAAAAAGGACUCGUACAGGAAGAACUUGGCCUGCUGCAAUACCACAUUUGAGAAGAAGAGGUCGCUUUCCACGAAAAGCACUCCAGACUCAAAAUUCAGAAAUUGUAAAAGAUGAUGAGAGCAAGGAAGACUACCAAUAUGACGAACUCAAUACAGAGAUACUUAACAACUUAGCAGAUCAGGAAUUACAGCUCAAUCAUCUAAAGAACUCAAUUACUAGUUAUUUUGGUGCAGCAGGUAGAAUAGCUUGUGGGGAAAAAUACCGCGUUUUGGCUCGUCGGGUGACACUUGAUGGAAAGGUGCAGUAUCUUGUGGAGUGGGAAGGAGCAACUGCAUCCUGACUGUAGGACUGAACAUUAUGUUCACUGCACUGUCAUCUGUAAGUACAGUUCAUAAUGCAGAGCCACGAGAGAAACGUGUCUUUAAAUGUGUUUCUAAAAACAAAACAAAACCAGUUUAGCCUUAACAUGUAACUGUUAUCAUUACAGCUCUUGUGAUAAAGACUUAUCUUUUUAAAAUCUGAUCUGAAACUUAAAUUUUUUAAUCUGAACAUUGUUAGAUUGUUUUAGGUUGGGAUAUUUUGGGUUACAAUUGCUUAAAAAUGUGCAUGGUGUUU